AUGUCUGAUUGUAAGGAGAAUGUGGUUUCUGUGGUUCCGAUUGUUGGGAUUGGCGGAUUGGGGAAGACGACACUGGCUCAGUUAGUGUACAAUGAUGAGAGAGUUAAGUCUUGUUUCGAGGUAGCAGUGUGGAGCAAGAAGCAUAUGCUGCAGCUUCAUGACGCCGUCCUGGCAAGCCUACUGAGGUUCCUUAUGAAUGGUGCUAGAGUUCUGGCACAUGUUGCAACAUAUCCGGGAGAUGUUUCCAAGCCUAGGUGAAGCAGAAGCAAGAGUGAUACAAACAGCUCAUCAGUGGAAGUUCAAAUGCUUCUACAUAUACAGAUUCAGUGAGUGGUUACCCCAAACCAGCAAAAGAACUUUAAUGGCGGAAGCCGCACUGUUCAACAUCUCCCAGGCGGUCCUCAAACAGCUGGGCUCCAAAGUCCUCCAGGAAGCUGCACUCUUAUGGGGAAUCGGAGACGACGUCAAGAAACUGACCCGAACUCUUUCCUCCAUCCAAGCUGUUCUCCUGGACGCAGAGGAGAAGUCUCACUCUCCCCGUAGCCACCAACUUCGACUCUGGCUCAAGGAGCUGCGACAAGUUGUUUAUGAAGCUGAAGACUUGCUUGAUGACUUCUCCAUUGAGGUGCAGCGCCGCCAGGGAAUGGCUACUGCUGGCGAGAAGAUCUCGAAAGAGGUACGAAGUUUCUUUUCGAGCUCAAACCAAGUUGCUUAUGGUUUGAAAAUUGCUCAUGGAAUUCAAGCCAUUAGAGCUACCCUAGAUGAGAUUGCCGAAAGGAGAGAGAUGUUUCAUUUGGAAGUGCAGCCUGUGGAGUCUAUGGCUAGUAAGUCUAGGGAGCAAACUCACUCCGAUGUUCCAGAAAUUGUUGUUGGGAGAGAGGAUGAGCGAGAGAGAGUACUGAAUCAGCUUUUGCAGCAUUCCUCUAACUGUAAGGACAAUGUUUCGGUGGUCUCGAUUGUUGGGAUUGGAGGGUUGGGGAAAACUACACUUGCUCAACUCUUGUACAAUGAUGAGGCAGUUAAAUCUCAUUUUGAGCUGAAAGCUUGGGUUUGUGUUUCUGAAAAAUUUGAGGUUAAGUUGAUAAUUGAGAAGAUAAUCGAGUCUUGUACAAACCAGACUCCCGGGAGGGACCUUGAGAUGGAUACUUUGAGAAAGCGUCUUUAUGAAACUAUGAACGGGAAAAGGUACUUGAUUGUGCUAGAUGACGUGUGGAGUGAGGAUAGAGAGAAAUGGAGCCGUUUGAAGGGGUUGUUGAAGGGCGGUGCAGAGGGGAGCCGUGUAAUGAUAACCACACGACUACAAAAUGUUGCGAAGCUAGCUGCAACGAGGGGGGUGGAGCCAUAUGAAUUGAAGGGUCUGAGCGAGCGUGAGUCUUGGUCUUUAUUUCAAGAAAUAGCAUUUGAAGGGGAAGCGAUGAGCGGGAGAUACGAGUCAAUUGGAAGAGAGAUUUUGGAGAAAUGCAAGGGGGUUCCUUUGGCGAUCAAAACAGUUGCUGGUGCCUUGUUUUUCAAGGAGAGUGAAUCUGAGUGGAUUGCAUUCAAGAGCAAAGGGAUGUGGGAAAUGGAUGAUAAUGAGAAUGAUAUAAUGCCAACUUUAAAGCUGAGUUAUGAUCAUUUGCCCACACAUUUAAAACAUUGUUUUGCCUAUUGCAGUUUGUUUCCCAAGGAUUACGAAAUUGACGUCGAGACAUUAAUACACCUUUGGAUUGCACAAGGAUUUGUUCAGUCAUCAGAUCCAUCUAACCGAUUUGAUGUUGGUCUUGGAUACUUUAAGGACCUUCUUUGGGGGUCAUUUUUCCAGGAACAAAAGAAGGGUAAACGGAGAAAUAGAGUUAUCUGCAAGAUGCAUGAUUUAAUGCAUGACCUUGCCAUAGCAAUUGCAGGGGAGGAGAUCAGUGCCGCUUUGGCUGUUUUGAAGUCACAAGAUAUACAAGACUAUGAUUCCCAUUUGAGAAUAAGUCGACAUGUCUUACUGGAUUACUGGGGAUGUCGGUUUGACAAACAAAUACAUGAGGCUUUAUCUUCAAUUGUCAACAAUACAGAAGCAAAUAAAGUGCGAACCCUUUUAGGCAUAAAUUUGGUUUGGGGAUUCUUUAAGCUAGAUCCAGUUAUCUUUUCUAAUACAACAAGCUUGAGGGCAUUGGAUAUGAGCAAGUUUGGUAUGUCGAUGUUGUCACAUACCGUUCAUAAAUUGAAGCAUCUGAAAUAUUUCGAUCUGAGUUGCAACAAGAUGACGGUGUUACCGGAGGAGAUUACAGAACUAAUAAAUUUGGAAGUGCUCAAACUUGAUGAUUGCAGCAAGCUUUUACAACUGCCAAAAGGUAUCGGAAAGUUGUCUUGUCUUUUUCAUCUUGGCGUUGAUGGGUGUGAUUCUUUGACAUGCAUGCCACAUGGUAUUGGGCAGCUAUGUUAUUUGAGAGAAUUACCUCUCUUCGUGAUAGCAGAAGGUGACAGUGAAUCUACUAGUGCAGCAGGGGCCGGAAUUGGUGAAUUGCGCUACUUAAACAACCUGAGGGGAAGAUUGGUGAUUACAAAUUUGGAGAAAUUGAAGAAUUCGUCAGAAGGUGAGUUGGCUGAUUUGAAAGGCAAGCAACAUUUGGAGGAAUUGAGCUUGUUAUGGGAGGAGCGUGAGGGAGGCAUUGCUGUUGGUGCAGAAGCGGAAGGGAUAUUACUGGAAGCAUUAUGUCCACAUCCCAAUUUAAAGAAGUUAUGGUUGAAAUAUAAUUGUGGUUCAGAAUGCCCGAGUUGGGUUCCCUCUGUGAUGAAUUUAGUGGAACUUCAAAUUGUGGGUUGUCAGAAUUGGAAACGCCUCCCAUCAUUGGAUCAACUACCUUUCCUUGCAGAACUGAGGCUUCAGGACAUGGAGUCUCUGGAAUACAUUGAGUACUGUGGGGAGACUCGGUCAUCAUCAUCAUCAUCUUCAUUCUGCUCAUUUUUCCCUUCUCUCAAGGUUCUGGGCCUCAAAAGAUGUCCUAAAUUUAAGGGUUGGCUGACUCCGGAAGCAGUAGCAGUAGUGUUGCCGCAGUUUCCUUGUGUUUCAGAAGUGAAGAUCUCUGACUGUGGUAGCAUCAGUUCCAUUCCCUAUUUUCCCCUAGAAUUAAUAACACUCAAAUUGAAAGGUGGCAGCAAAGAGCUGUUGAAGCAAAUUCUGAGGAUGCGGCCUUCUUCAUCUCCAUCUUCUCUUUUUCCUCCUCGGUCUUCUUGCCUCAAUAGUGUGAAAAUCUCCAAGAUACUGGAUCUUGAUACUCUGCCAGAGGAGACACUCCUACGUCUUACUUAUUCUUUUUCUUCCCUGGAAAUGCUAACUAUCAACAAUUGUCCGGAGCUAAGGACUCUUUAUCCAGCAGUGCCACAUCAUCUCACUUCCCUCCGAUGCCUUAACAUCUGGAGGUGUGAGAAAUUAGAUCUGUGUGAUGGUGAUGAUGACGAGAUGAUGCAGCAGCAGCAGCUCCACGGUGGUGUCCUCCUGCCACUCCUCUCGGAGGUUUAUUUAAAUGGAAUUCCAAAAUUGAGUCGCCUCCCAGAGUGGUUUCAACUUGCCCCAGAAUUGUUGCAAAUAUGGGCUUUUAAUUGUCCCAUCGCGUAUAUGCCGGAGUGGAUGCCCAAACUCGUACAUUUGCAGACGUUGAUGAUCAAUUCGUAUGGGAAAUCUGCGAGUCAAUGUGUGCAUGAAGACUGGUCCAAGAUCGCUCACAUCUCAAAGAUAAGCAUAAAUAAUGUAUAUAUCCACGAGCAGGCAGCAGGAGAAGAAAAAUUCAAAGAACUAGAGGAGGAAGAAGAAGAAACUCCAGUAAUAGAAGCUGCUGAAGAAGAGCAAGAGGAGACAUCCAAACUCUUACAGUUCUUCGUUAUGAAUUGUGGCAUGGUUGGGAGAUGCUUUCAAGGCUAAGUCAAGAUUUUUGAAACAAAACCAAAAGCUUAGACAGAUGUGCUUAGACCAAGGCAGCAGCAGGAGGUGAUGGAUAGUGCAAAGCAUAGAGCUCAUGGUUCAUUGAAAAUUGGGUUCUUUAUGAAUUUGCAGCAAACCUCGGAAAGCGUUUUCAAGGCUAAGAUGAGACGGAGCUCAUGUUUGCAGUCACAGGGGUGGAUCUUUCUCAGUUUCUCUUGGCCUCAAAAUCAGAAUAGCUUUACUUGGUUUCUUCUGCUUAUAUGGAUACCAGAAAUGUCAAAUGUUUCUGUUACUGCUAUGAAUCUUCUGUUAGCUCUAUUAGGCUAAAUUAUCCUGUUUGCUCGCCUAGAAACAAAAUUCUGUACUUGUGACGUUACUGUGUUUUUUGCCUCAUUAUAUGCUGUGAUCUUAGUUUGUCUGUGUUAUUCCUAAGUAGGAAAUGAUAUGAUUUUAGUAUUUUACAGUGCU